AUGUGUGUAGACUAUGUGGAACAAGCGAUUGAAUACAAUUCGAAAGAUCCAUCGAAUUAUUCGCUCCAGAGUUCGAUUUAUUUAUCCUUAAAACUCCCUUUACAAGCCAUUCAAUCGAUCAAACAAGCGAUCCAGUUCCAACCUCAUUCACAUUCGUUCUAUCAGCAUCUUUCCUCGUUGUACAUUCAAAUCGGAGAAUUGAAUCUUGCAAAAACCAUUUAUCCAGAUUCGCUCAAUCAGAUCCAAGAGUUGGAGUCGCUGGUUUCUCUGUCUCGUCAAUUGAUGAUAACGCAUCAAUUCGACGAAUGCAUUCCGAUUCUAGAAAAGAUUCGAAGGAUUGCUCCAUUUUGGCGGAGUCCCUUCAUCGAUUUGGUUCGUUGCAAUGUGUUUUUGUAUCGAUCGAACGAAGCAAUGGAUUUGUUGUCGACGCAGUGCCCAUGGAUGAAUUCAUUGAAUGAAAGUGAUAAAUUAACAACGGGAUUGUAUGAGGGAUGGAACAGGGAAGUGGAUUUUGACGAGAGUGUCGUGUAUUUGAGUCUAUUGGUGCUGUGGCAAUUGAACCAUCAGCGUGAAAUGAUGAAAUUGUAUAGAGUGUGCAAGAAUCGGAGUGUUCAUGAUAAUUUGAGCGAUCUUCUCGGACUGUGCGAAGAGUUUCAGCGAUUGGAUUAUGAGGGAAUGGAUCGAAUGAGAUCGAAUGACUGGACGGGAGCAACAAAAGCGUUAUUGAAACUCCAUGUGUUGAUCAUUAAUUUUGAAAAGAAUGGAACUCCGAUCGGGAAAUCCGUAGACAACGCGGUGCUUCUGAACAAAGGAUUGAUCGAACAGAUCGAAGGAAAUUUCAAGGAUGCGAAAGAUGAUUUUGACAAGAUUAUCGCCUCGGGCUUCGCUCAUUCGCCUCGAGUGUACAAGGCACGAGCAGAGUGUUAUUUGUCAAUGGGUGAUCGAGAGAAGGCAGUCAUGGAUUUGGAGCGAUAUGUGGAAAUAACGGGAGAUCUAAAAACGAAAGAAAUGAUAAAUGAGUUGAAGUCGGCUGGUGGUUCGUGGAGGUUUUCGAAUUCAUACAAACGAGACAAUGUGGGAAAGGAUAUUGGUUAUGAUAACAAAUAUGGAGCACUGAAAACGGAGUACGAGGAGUGUUGUGAUUUGUUGGGUGUGAAGAUAACGGAUUCAGUGGAAACGAUUCGUAAACGAUUCAAAGCAUUGGCUCUCCAAUAUCAUCCAGACAAAAAUCGAAGUGAAGAUGCAGAAAGGAAGUUUAUAGAGAUUCGAAAAGCAUAUGAAUAUUUGAUAAAUCAUUUUUGA